GAGCAUCCACACUCUCAGAGGUGGAGCAAGAUCUCAGCGAGCUUGCUUCACCUCUGUCAGGCUCGAGCGCUUCCAGCCGGCAGCAGCACCAAGCUAACAAGUCUUUGUGAGGAGCGAGGGAGAGGAAGAGGGGAAGGAGGGGUUGCGGAGCAGGAGAGAAUCAGACGGCGAGGGAGCUGACAGCGCGAGCACAGAAUGAGGGUGCAGCGGGAGCGGGCAUAAGACAGCGACGGAGGCGGCACAAUAGUGCGAGGCGCUGCUGGAAAGAGAUAAAUAAGGAAGAGCAGGCAUCAUGACAGCGCUCACUCCAUCGUCACGGCACAUGGGGAAUUCUGGCCGCCGCUGCUGAACAUUGUGUGAUGCAGAGGAGAGAGUCGGGAGGACCGCCGGGAAACCAGAAGCAAGAGACGGAAACAGGUGUGACCAGCAGGACCUGCUGCAGGAUGAGUGGGAUCCUGAAGAGAAAGCUGGAAGAGGAGCCCUCCUCUUAUUUGUCUCUGCAGGGCUCAGAAGAUGACGAGGUUUCCUGCAGCGACAGCGGCAACAGCAGCGAUAGUCUUAAUAAUUCGGUCCCCUCCGGGAUUCUAGAUCCCUCUGUCCAGCGGCAGUCAAAGCGACUGCGGGGACGUAAUGUGCACUUUGAGAGCGUCACCGUGUACUAUUUCAGCCGGCGCCAGGGCUUCACCAGCGUGCCGACGCAGGGUGGCAGCACCCUGGGGAUGUCGCCGCGUCACAGCGGGGUGAAGCGCUUCACCCUCAGGGAGUUUGCCAUGGAGCAGAAACGGAGCCAUCGGAACAUGCUGAGGGAUCAUCUCAAAGAGGAGAAACUCAACGCCAUCAAACUCAAACUAACCAAGAACGGCACGGUGUCCUCCAUGGAGGCCGAUAGCCUGACACUUGACGACAUCUCAGAAGAUGACCUGGAUGUGGACAACACGGAGGUGGACGACUACUUUUUCCUCCAGCCCCUCACUACCAGGAGGCGGCGCGCGCUCCUCCGUGCCUCUGGGGUCCGCCGCAUCGAUGUGGAGGAGAAGCACGAGCUGCGCGCCCUGAGGAUGUCUAGAGAGGAGUGUGGGUGUCGCUGCCGAGGGAUAUGCGACCCAGUGACCUGUGCUUGCAGCCUGGCCGGCAUUAAGUGCCAGGUAAAUGGAAAUGUGGUGGACCGCAUGUCCUUCCCCUGCGGCUGCACCAAGGACGGCUGCAGCAACGGCGCCGGGCGGCUGGAGUUCAACCCGGUCCGCGUGCGCACCCACUUCCUGCACACCAUCAUGAAGCUGGAGCUGGAGAAGAGCCGCGAGGAGCAGUACCAGCAGACGGAGCAGCAGCUUGUAACCAGUGGCAACGGUUACCACGGCAACACCACCUUGAUCCAGCAGCAGCAGCAGCAGCAUAACCCUCAGUCUCUGAAGAUGAACAAUCCCAUCAUGCAUCUCCAGAGCACGGGUGACUCCGAUUCGCAACUAGACGAGAACGAGGAGGAAGAGGAGGACGAGGAUGAAGAGGAGGAGGACGAGGCUUACGACGAGGACGGCAGCAGCGUUUGCAGCGGGCUGUCGGACUGCAGCACGCACAGUCUAGAAACUCUCGACCCGGAGGACGCAGAGGAAGACGACGAGGACGAAGAGGAGGAGGAGGAGGACGAAGAGGAUGAGGAAGAGGAUGAAGAAGAUGAUGAGGAGGAAGACUGGGAAUGUUCAUUGCACGGACUGAAUCCUCCCUCGUACUCCGUGCCCCUCCCCUCUGUUCUGAGUUACACCAACAGCCCCCUCGGUCUCAGCGGCCCGUUCCACAGCGCCCCCUCCCUGCAGCCCUACCAGCUGGACGGCUCGGCGAGCGACACGCCCGCCUUCCUCAGCGAGACCCUGAACGCUGCCGCGCCCAUGCUCCCCUCGGUCGAAUCCGCGCUGGAGUCCGAAAUGGGCGCCGAGCCGCAGAACCGUUUCUCCGAGCUUGGCCCCGGCCUCCGCAAAAACCCAGACUGCGCCGACUCUCCGCCAGAGCAAGAGCCGCCGCAGCCAACGAUGUGUGGAGACAUCAGCCACACAGCGGCCUCAGAGGACGCCUGAUGAGGAAGGACUGACAUGGAUUGUUCUUCAGAGAGGAAGUGAAAACAUGUUCCACCCAUUCCCUUACAGAUUUUGUUCACUUUUUACCUUUUUUUUUUGUCGCAUGUACAUGCUUCAAGAUCAAACUAAUUAGUAAAACCUGAGUAAAUACAAAAUGCAGCUCUCAAUGAUGACAUCACAGAAAGAAACUGUCCAAUGAGUCACUAAUCACUCUUGAACUUCAUCACCGAAAUGAUUCCAAAACAUCAACACAGGCUGCGUUUCCAUUACAAGGGUGGGCAAAUCUUUGACUCCAUUUCUCUAACGUCGAAAAGACACAACUUCACAAUCGUGGUGUUUUCAUCAAGUAACAAAUUAUAUGAAAACCAGGUGUAAAUAAGCUUGUUUACGCAAUAAGACAUGGUAGCGACAACUCCAUGAAGCAAAUGCGUAAUUCAGCAAUGGCGCCAGCUGCACUGUCUGAAAAAAACUAUUCCAAACAUCCUCCUCCUACCACUUCCUGUUACUGCCAGUGGUAACAUCUGUCACAGUUUUGCAAGAUACAUUUAUUUCGAUACAGCCGACAAACCACAGCGCAAAAACUCUUUUUCAAAAACAGUUUUUUGUUUAUUUUGUUGUUUUGAAAUUGCCGUUUUUCCAUUAAAUACAUUUAUUUUUCUAUAUUCAAAUUGUGCAAUUUAUAGUUAACAAAAACGCAGCUAAUUUAUUCAGGCAGUCACAGAAUAUCAUCUUUCAUUAUAAUCUUAACUGGUACUUCUUGCAAUAACAAAAAAAGUGACAAUAGAAAGUAUUUAAAAAUACAUUAAAGUAUUUUUUUCUGUGAUUAGAUCUUAAGGUUAUGACUUAAUAUCAAACACAUCCAUUAUGAAAAAGGCUGCAAUUUGUACUUACUCAGGAUAUCUGAUAUCAAUAUUUCUUGAAAAGUCUAAGACAGGGAUGUUCAAAGUGUGGGCCCCGGGCCAUUUUUGGCCCUGGAAGUGAUUUUGUUCGGCCCGUGACAACCUGUCAACAAUGGUAAAAAUUGUUUAUGACAAACAAAAAUGGAGAAAUGGCUGUUCUUCUUUUAAUAAGGCAACAGACUCAAGCCUUGUUAUAUUUUGGAUAUUUAAAGACAUCCAAUUUUUGUAAAAGCAAACAAACUAAAAACAAUCUAACUAUAUUUUGCAUUUUAGAUUUAAUGAAUUUUGACACGCCAGUAGUUCAAUUUUAGGUGGUUUGUCAAAGAUUUGGACAUCAUUGAUCUGAGACAUGCAAGUUUCACUAAAUAAAAAAAAACCUGAUAACAGUAAAAAGGCAAAGCCUUUUUCACAGCUCAGUACCUAUAGAAGUUUGCAGUACCAUUGAUAAGUGCACUUUGAGGGACGGUCACUCAUUUCAACCCAGUAUGCACCAGGAGUUGAGUCAAUCUAGGUUGUCCUCAAACCCAUUUACGAUCGUGUAAUAUGACAAACAAGGAGAAUAAAACAAUAACACAGUGGUUAGGUCUGCUACUUUGUAUUUGCACUCUGUUUUACCGUUUGGGCUCCGUUUGCGACGUGUUUGCUGCAUGUUUUCCGGUUGUGUCGGCAUCUGUGACGAAUCAGAACCGGAUUUUGAGGUGCUUGUAUUGGUUCGGUAUUUUCUGUUGUGCUACUGUUGCUGCCAAUGUUUCUGCAGUGCUUAUCUGUAUCGCAUGUGUUCAGUUUACUGGAGAUGUUCCUCGGUGUGCGCACUCUGUACGAUUAAACAUCUGUUGCAGGUGAAAAACACACCUCUAUUGUAAAGACACACACCGGUCAACGGUUCGGUCAGAAACUUUGCAGUGCUUUGCGAAAGUAUUCGCACAAGUUGAGCUUUUUCAUAUUUUGUCUCAGAAAAUGAAUCUAGAGACGUCAUAUAAAGCCACAGUAAAAUACAGUAAAGUUGUGGUGUAAAGGUGACAAAAUAUGAAAAGGGUUCAUAUUAUAAACACUUCUGGAAGGUACUAUAUCUUGAACCCAUCAUUAAAGUGUCGUCGUUUUCCAACGA